AAUAACUGGCACCGCGAAGAAAAAGAAAAAAAAUCCUCCAAAUUCGUUUGGGUGCGUUCCUCUCUUUCCUCGUCGUCUCUCGUUAUCUCGCCGCCGUUCGUCGCCGCCGGCGCAGACUAGGAGAGGCAGGCGCCAUGGCGACCGCUUCAGUAUCGUUCAAGUCUCGUGAGGACCACCGGAAGCAGCUCGAGCUUGAGGAGGCGCGUAAGGCGGGGCUCGCCCCUGCCGAAGUCGACGAGGAUGGAAACGAGAUUAACCCUCACAUCCCGCAGUAUAUGUCCUCGGCCCCAUGGUAUCUCAACGCCGAGAAGCCGAGUUUGAAGCAUCAGCGGAAAUGGAAGUCGGAUCCGAAUUACACAAAAGCGUGGUACGAUAGGGGUGCCAGGCUUUUCCAGGCCAACAAAUACAGAAAAGGCGCUUGCGAGAACUGUGGAGCCAUGACUCACAAUAAGAAGGAAUGCAUGGACCGACCUCGGAAUGUUGGAGCUAAAUAUACUAAUAUGAAUAUAGCACCGGAUGAGAAAGUUGAGUCGUUUGAGCUUGAUUAUGAUGGCAAGCGUGACCGUUGGAAUGGUUAUGACACAUCAACCUACACUCGUGUUAUCCAAGAUUAUGAAGCUAGAGAAGAGGCCAGGAAAAAGUUCCUGAAAGAACAACAGCUCAAGAAGCUCGAGGAGAAGGACGGUGAGCAGGAUGGUGAGAAUGUGGGCAGUGAAGAGGAUGAAGAAGAUGGCCUGAAGAUAGAUGAGGCUAAAGUUGAUGAGAGCGCUCAAAUGGAUUUUGCUAAGGUAGAGAAGCGUGUGCGCACAACAGGCGGUGGAAGCACCGGAACUGUGAGGAAUCUGCGUAUUAGAGAAGACACUGCAAAGUAUCUUCUGAAUCUUGAUGUGAACUCUGCAUAUUAUGAUCCAAAAACCCGCUCCAUGCGUGAGGAUCCUUUGCCAGAUGCAGAUCCCAAUGAUAAAUUCUAUGUGGGUGAUAACCAAAAUAGACUUAGUGGACAAGCUCUGGAGUUCAAGCAACUCAAUGUCCAUGCAUGGGAGGCUUUUGACAAGGGGCAGGAUUUCCAUAUGCAAGCAGCCCCAUCUCAAGCUGAACUACUGUACAAGAGUUUCAAAAUCAAGAAGGAGAAGUUGAAAUCUGAAAGCAAGGACAAAAUUAUGGAGAAGUAUGGGAAUGCUGCAUCUGACGAACCAAUCCCUCGUGAGCUUCUUCUUGGGCAAAGUGAGAAAGAGAUUGAGUAUGACCGGACUGGUCGCAUAAUCAAGGGACAGGAUGUAGCUCUUCCUAAGAGCAAAUAUGAAGAGGAUGUCCUAAUUAAUAACCACACAACAGUGUGGGGUUCAUGGUGGAAAGAUCAUCAAUGGGGCUAUAAGUGCUGCAAGCAGACUAUUAAAAAUAGUUACUGCACAGGCCUUGCUGGAAUUGAGGCUGCUGAAGCAUCAGCUGAUUUGAUGAGGGAAAAUAUGGCCCGCAAGGAGGCUGCCGAAGAGGAACCUGUACGACAAGAAGAAAAGAAACUAGCCACUUGGGGAACAGAUAUUCCUCAGGAUCUUGUCCUGGACCAGAAGUUGCUCGAGGAAUCCUUAAAGAAGGAGGCAAAGAGGAAGAAGGAAGAGAUGGACGAAAGAAAGAGGAAGUACAAUGUGAAGUGGAACGACGAGGUCACCGCGGAAGACAUGGAGGCCUACCGUAUGACGAGAGUCCGCCACGACGAUCCUAUGAAGGAUUUUCUCAAUUAGGCGUUCAUGUCCCCUGGUUGCUUGGCAGCUGUUGUGUAAUGCAGGUGUAAGCUGGCUACGCCUGAACUCCUGGUCUGCCCAUCCUUUGCCGGAUUGUCGUGUCUGUAUUCUCUGCGAUCUCUAGGAAGACGGGAUGGCAUGCCAGUUCGUGAGUUGCUGAUGUUGUGAAGUACAGAUAUGACGCGUGAUGUCCAAAAGCAGAAUGAAGUUUGUUCUCAUAUGUUCUUUGUAACCUCUUGGUAACCAUGGCAUACGCCCACUUAUAUGGAUAUUUGUACCGUUCAUGAGUAAUAAGUUAUUGUUGCUAGCUC